AAAACGCAAUUUCUCUGGCUGGUGUAUAAAAUACUAAGCGAAAGAAGGGGUAAGUGUCGCAUUUGUACCACCAGCUUCCACAAUAAUUAUCAGACAUAACAAUCUCGGACUGAAACAGGUGUUUCGCAAAAUCAGCGCGAGCCGAGGAAUUCUAUUGGAGUCGCCAUCUUUGCCAGGGAAAAAUCGCGGGAGUGUCACGGCGGACUGAUUAUAAUACACAAGGACGUCGUCUGCUACGACAGAAAGUUGGACAGCGCGUUGACAUUGUUUCAUUGAAGCAGGGCAUGUGAGUUAGAUCAGUCAGUUUCGCGCCCCUCUUAUCUGUACCAUUCUCAAUCCUGUAUGUGAAUUAUACAAAGUUGUCGUUGUAUUUGAGGAAUCGAUGUUUACACUUGACUUGGACAAUCUGCUCCAAGUUAGAGAAUUCGUUGUUUUGCUAUUGUUCAGACCAGUGGAAUUUAUUUGUUUACUAUUGACGCCUUGACGGAAAGGUUUGUGAAAUUUGUCUACGAUGGCGACGUUAAAGGAAGUGGCCUUGCGCUACUCUCCCUUAGCAAAUGAACAAGACAGGGAGAUCGGAGAGUCAGGCGAGGUCAACACGGACAACGAGAUUGUGGAAAACAAAGGAAAAGCGAUGUCGACUGAAUCGAUUGCAAGGAGUUCAAACUACAUAAGCAUCGGCCUGCAGGCAUGUGCAGCUGAUAUCACACGGAACAUUUUAGAGGCAAACUCUGUUACAUCGUUACCUUUAAGUCCCCUUGAUUCAACAGCCGUCAAAACUUCGGCAUUUUCCGGAACAAAUCGGAAACUCUCUCUCAAUGAGUGUUCGAGCAAACUAUUCGACUCGCCACCCCGAAAAACUUCGGUUCCCUUCGCAAGUGAUCGGAAAUUUUCCCUCCACGACAUCUCUGGUCCUAUUAAAGCUUCUUCUUCUUCUUCCCGAAAAACUUCGCUAUCACUCGGCCUUGAUCGCAAGAUUUCGCUUGGAGACUGCAAUAAUCAUUUCGUCACUACAUCUCGGAAAACAUCGGUAUCCGUCGAUACGGAUCGGAAGAUUUCGUUGAACGAUAGCAUAAGCUCGGUAUCCUGUCGAAUUUGUCUCGAUGGAGAAAUUCCUGGAGAACAGCUUUUUAAUCCAUGUCUAUGUACAGGUAGCGCUAGUCACGUGCACAUCACGUGUUUGAAGAAGUGGUUGAUGACGUCAGGAAGUAGUGUUUGUGAGCUGUGCCUGUACGAGUUGGAUGUCGGUUGGAAGACGACAUCGAUGUGGAAGGCCCUAAAGGAGCUUUCAAACGUACGAAUGACCAAUCGUAAGAUCUGUUGGGCUUUACUAGUCUCCAUCGCAGCCCUCACACUACCUCUCUUUUGUAUCUGUGUAUUCGUGUUGGAUGAUGAGGAUCUAAGACUACAACUCAGUAAACCAGCCAGUAUGGCCGUAUCAUAUGGUGUGAUCUUAAUAUCGUGUGCGGCCUACCUCACCCUCCUCUUCAUGGUCGCCUACCUCACGUGGAAGUGGGACUUCUGCCCGAGCACGACGCGGUGUCAUUUUCCAACCGAGAUCGAGAUCCGCGUCGAAAGCCUGGAGGAGAGGUUGAAACGAGGGCGAACACGGCGGAACGGUUACUAUAGAAACACCACGCCCAUACUGAGCCAUGAGGAGAACGAUGGGGAUAGUCGGAAUUUCGGUGUGAUGGAUCAAUACUGGAUGAACGGAGCAGGCUAUAUCUAAUCGAUCGGUUCCAUUUUAAAUAGAGCAGGUUCCAUUUUAAAUAGAGCUAAUGUCCCGAUGCCCCCCCCCCCCAAACCCGCUCAAAACUUAUGUUGUGAUGAUUCAAGCUCUAUUUACUCAUGUUUCAUCAUCCGUUUGAGUGUUCAUUCUUAAAACUGUUUAUUAGUUGCAAAACUUGUCUUUGAUAAAACAUUAUUAUAUUCUUUUUCACGUGAAGUCAAUUCAAAUGGAAUGUAACAUUGAAAAUGAUUCGUUAAAUUAUAUUCUUUUUCAUGUGAUGUUAAGUAACUCCAAUGAAUGUGAAAUUGUGAACAUGCAUACAUAGAGGUGUGGUGGUCGAAUGGAUAUGUCACCUGACUGUCGAUCACAAGGUCCGCGGUUCGAGUCCCGCCGCGGCACUAAUGUCCUUUGGCAAGACAUUGAUCUAUAUUUGCCACACUCAUCCCAGGUGAUGUAAAAGGGUACCUGGCAGGAAUUAAUUCCUUGAAAUGAAAUGCUAGAGCGCCGUAUGGCUGCCUUGCUUGAGCCAGGGUAUUGCAUGGGAGUGAGGAGUGUCACGUAUGACAGACAUGGGCGCUAUACAAGAACCCACUAUUAUUAUGUUAUAAAUAAAUAAACGUGGAGAGGUCCCACUUAUGAAUUUUAGAAUAA